CACACCUCCAGGUUUUUGUGACACCAUCAAAAAAUGUUCGGCGGCGACUUGCACACCGUGGUUGCCGUCUCCGCCAUGGUAACCUUGGCCAUGUGCUACGUACGGUUCGCAGCAUGGCGCCUCCGUCCUGGCCUCCCCCGCCUGUGCGCCUUCACCCCGGUGCUCUCUGUCCUCCCACUCCUCCCCCUCACCUUCCGUGCCAUUCAUGCCCGCGCCAUCUCCGGUUUAUUCCUUGCCUGGCUCGCCGAGUUCAAGCUCCUCCUCCUCGCCACCGGCCAAGGCCCCCUCCACCCGUCCCUUCCCUUCCCGGCGUUUGUCUUUGUCGCCUCUGGCCCCGUCAGACUUCGCGACGUAAACCAGACCGACAAGACCCAGAAAUCGUCUGGAAUUAGCCUCAUGGCCUAUGCUGUUAUGGCGGCGCUGUUCGCAACCAUCGUGUCCCUAUACCAGUUCAAGGAGCAGAUGCACCAACACUUCCUGCUGACCUGUUACGUGCUCCAGGUGUACCUCAGCAUGGAGCUCAUCCUGGGGGCGUCGGCAACCGCCGCGCGGGCUCUUCUAGGAAUGGAGCUAGAGCCGACGUUCGACCGGCCCUACCUCGCCACAUCGCUACGGGAUUUUUGGGGCCGCCGGUGGAACGUCUCGGUUCCCGCAGUCCUCCGCCCGUGCGUGUACAGCCCCAUGCGCGCGCUCAUCGGCGGCGGCCGUGGCGGCGCUGCAAUGGCGGUGCUCGCCACGUUCCUCGUAUCCGGACUCAUGCACGAGUGGAUGUUCUACUACAUCACCCUGCAGCCGCCCACCGGAGAGGCGACCACAUACUUCGUGCUUCAGGGGGCUUGCACGGUGGUGGAGUCGUGGUGGGCGAGCCACAAGGGAUGGUGGCGCCCCCCGCGGAUGGCCGCCACUCCGCUGACCCUGGCCUUCGCGACCAUAACAGGUAUCUGGCUCCUGUUGCCACCGCUCGUGAGGUCCGGGGCUGCCAGCGAGGGAAUUGCAGAGUGCGAGGCCAUUGUCGCGUUCGUGUGGGACUUGUUUUCUUUGAGAAGAUUACUAGCGCUUGUAAUUGUUACCUUCCUUGUGGCAUGUACAAACUAUUUUAGGAAGGGUAGGUCCGCACAACAUAUAUUUCAGUAACAUUUGCUCAUGUAAAUCAGAUCCGAACUCUUGUAUUUAUCAAUACACCCUAGUAGAAUGCACGUGCGUUGCUACGGCCUUUUAAUUUUUCUUUUCCGAUUCCAUAUAUAUACCUGUAUUUUGUUGUAUAAAA